AUGGGAGCUAUGGAGUCGGAUGCUGGAGUGAGUAGCAGCAAAGCACUCAGACUGGAUUUUGAUGGGUCGCCAGGCCGCGUUCCGUAUCAGCUCAGUUACGAAUUCGUUUCGAAUCCGCGUGUGAGCACAAUAGUUCCGGCGAAGAGUAUCGCUGCUGGAGGAGUGAAGAUCGAUGUCAAAGGAGAAGGAUUCGCUCUGUUACAGAGACCACGGAUGGUCCUCAUCAAUGAUCGGGGCAUCAUCGAGUCUGGGCCGAUAUGUGACGUGGAGGAUGAUGGACUGAUGGUGUGUCUGACCCCUGGUCUACCCUCUGGAGACACCGGAGGUCGUUUGCAUCAUAAUUUUGCAUUCGAUUUUGAUGGAACAAUUACUGAGAGUCGGCAAAUGGAAGUCUACCCAAAUCCCAAAGUAAAUGAAUUCACUGAGACGAGAUUCUAUCGCCCUGGCGACAACUACCUCACUAUCAACGGCGAAGAUCUCAAUGUAGGAGCGAUGGAAAGGGACAUCAAAAUUACGGUUGGCGGUGUCGAUUGCCAACUAACUGCCUUAGCUCGGAAAGUCCUCACCUGCAAGCCACCAACAGAAAAGCCGCAUUUAGAUGGUGGAUUGGAGCCGGAAGUUGUUGUGAAAAUUGGCGGGAAAAGGCGAAAGACCAACUCUCAUCAGCGACAAAUGAAAUAUUUGAAGACCCAAAUGGAUACAAUAGAAAUGAAGGUUGCUACAGAAUGUAAGGAAGCCUUUGCCGAAUUGCAGACUUCUCUAAACCAGUACACUGCUGAUUUGCCUCUUGGAACACCUGUUGUACCUUUCCUGGAAUACAAAGAUUAUUGCGCUAGGGUGUUGUUCCCCAACAAUCCACAUAACCACCCAGUGCUUCGAGAUCUGGAAGUGAGUGGCAUUCACUGGGUUGUCGGGGCGGCCUCUACCAAUCCGCUGCCUGAUCGGGCGCCGUUGCGCCCGAUCGGGGAAAAUUGGGAGAUUGAUGAAUUGCUGGUGGUGGAAACUUUCUUCCUGACAAUGGUACGAACAAUGGAGUCGAACAAAUAUUUCCUGGGUAAAGAUCGUGUCUAUGUUGGUUCAUUAAUCAUGGUUGUCUUGCAAGAGAAAAUGGGAUAUUGCACGGAAAUGCUCAAACAACUUCUCAGAGAGCUGAUUGAUCGCACGGUUGAGAAAAAAUUCCAGCCGAAGAUCUUAUUUAGAAGAAGCGAGAGUGUGGCCGAGCGCAUGUUGGCAGCGUGGUUCACGUUUUUGAUGCAUGAUUACCUUAGA